AUGAGGCUGGUAAGAUUUCUGCUGCGUUACUACCCUCCGGGUAUCAUCCUGGAGUAUGAGCAGGGCAGUCAGACCAGGACGAGGACUAUCGACCUACUGGAUCUUACCGAGCGCAGUAAUAUCUACGAGCUUGUUGCGCAGCUUCAAGCAAAUGAGCCACUCAUUACUCCGUCCAAAACAGAUCAGGUAGCUAAGCUGCUCCUGAAGCUGCAGUCGAAACUCUCUUCACCAGACAAGCACCAUUACAACCACUACAAAACUAUUCGUACUCACGUCCUCCCUGUCACUAACGUUAGCUUCAACAAAAGUGGAUCCAAAUUCGUGUCAGGUAGUUACGACCGCACAUGUAAGAUAUGAGACACCCACCAAGGUCAGGAGCUCCAUGUGUUAGACGGACACAAGAACGUUGUGUACGCUGUUGCUUUCAACAAUCCCUUCGCAGACAAGAUUGUAACUGGAUCUUUUGACAGGACUGCUAAGUUGUGGAGUACAGAGACAGGGAAAUGUUACCACACCUUUAAAGGGCACACUGCUGAAAUAGUGUGUGUCACAUUCAACAGUUCCAGUACCUUGGUUGCUACGGGGAGUAUGGAUACUAUGGGCAAGAUAUGGGAUGUGGAGACUGGGGUUGAGAUGGCUUCUUUACAGGGCCACAGUGCGGAGAUAAUCUCAAUACAGUUCAACAGUCUUGGGGACAAAGUGGUAACGGGCAGUUUCGACAACACCGUCGCUAUCUGGGACGUGGAAACUGGUCACAAAAUCUCCUCACUGAUUGGACACCGAGGUGAGAUCUCAAACGCGGUGAUUAGUUACGAUGACACUCUCAUUGGCACAGGAUCCAUGGACAAGAGUUGCAAGGUGUGGGACUGUAGGUCAGGACAGUGUGUUGAGACACUGUACGGGCACACUGACGAGGUACUUGACAUUUCCUUCGAUCACAGGGGAAAACAGCUGCUCUCUGUUUCUGCUGAUGCUACAGCCCGAGUAUUCGACGUUGGCUCCUACAAGUGUUUGGCCACGUUUGUGGGCCAUGAACGUGAGAUCAGUAAAGGGACGUUUAAUCCUAGCGGUAAACGUGUUGCUACUGCUAGCAGUGAUAAAACUGUCAGGAUAUGGGAUAUAAACUCAGGGAAAUGUUUACAGACGUUGGAAGGGCACACAGACGAGGUGUUCAGUUGCCAGUUUAACUACUCGGGUGAUAUGCUGAUAAGUGGUAGUAAAGACAACACGUGUCGACUGUGGAAAGAUACGAACUCUGGAAAACUUGCCGGUGCUUUAUAGGAUUUGUCUUUCAAGGUUUU